AUGGCCCGAAACGUGGUCCCCGCAGAAAGAUGCGCGCCCGAGAAAGGUGAGCAGGCACCCUGCGAGGACGGAAACAAGCCACUGCGGUCUCGCUCCCAUGGGUACCAGUACACGCGGCGCAUUGCAACGAAUGCUGGGAUCGUUGCAACGGAAGCUGGGGGUGUUGCAAUGUUGGCUGGGGGCGUUGCAAUGGAGGCAAGUCGCGUUGCAACGUUGGCUGGGGGUGUUGCAGCGGUGGCAGGUCGCAUUGCAACGAAUGCUGGUAACGUUGCAACGGAGGCAGGGCGCGUUGCAACAGAUGCUGCUGACGUUGCAACGGAGGCAGGGCGCGUCGCAACGUUGGCUGGGGGCGUUGCAACGUUGGCUGGGGGCGUUGCAACGGAGGCAGGGCGCGUUGCAACGUUGGCUGGGAGCGUUGCAACGGAGGCAGGGCGCGUUGUAACGGAUGCCGGGUUAGGUGCAUCGUUGGCUGGUUUCGUUGCAACGGAGGCACCCGCCGUUGCAACGGAGGCAGGUCGCGUUGCAACGUUGGCUGGGGGCGGUGCAACGGAUGCUGGGCACGUUGCAACGUUGGCUGGGGGCGUUGCAACAUUGGCUGCAGGCGUUGCAACGGAGGCAGGUCGCUUUUCAACGGAUGCUGGGAUCGUUGCAACGGAAGCUGGGGGCAUUGCAACGUUGGCUGGGGGCGUUGCAACGGAGGCAGGUCGCGUUGCAACGGUUGCUGGUGAUGUUGCAACGGAGGCGGGUCGUGUUGCAACGGAUGCUAGUGACGUUGCAACGGAGGCAGGGCGCGUUGCAACGUUGGCUGGGGGCGUUGCAACGGAUGCUGGGGGCGUUGCAACGGAUGCUGGGCGCGUUGCAACGGAGGCAGGUCGCGUUGCAACGUUGGCUGGGGGCGGUGCAACGGGUGCUGGGGGCGGUGCAACGUUGGCUGGGCGUGUUGCAACGGAGGCAGGGUGCGUUGCAACGUCUGCCGGGCGCGUUGCAACGAAGGCAGGGCGCGUUGCAACGGAUGCUGGUGACGUUGCAACGGAGGCAGGGCGCGUUGCAACGUUGGCUGUGAGCGUUGCAACGGAGGCAGGGCGCGUUGCAACGGAUGCCGGGUUAGGUGCAUCGUUGGCUGGUUUCGUUGCAACGGAGGCACCCGCCGUUGCAACGGAUGCUGGGGGCGUUGCAACGGAUGCUGGGCGCAUUGCAACGGAGGCAGGUCGCGUUGCAACGUUGGCUGGGCGCGUUGCAACGGAGCCAGGGUGCGUUGCAACGGAUGCUGGUGAAGUUGCAACGGAGGCAGGGCGCGUUGCAACGUUGGCUGGGAGCGUUGCAAUGGAGGCAGAGCGCGUUGCAAUGGAUGCCGGACGAACAACUGCGAAAGCAUUUGCCAAGGAUGUUUUCAUUAAUCAAGAACGAAAGUUGGGGGCUCGAAGACGAUCAGAUACCGUCCUAGUCUCAACCAUAAACGAUGCCGACCAGGGAUCAGCGGAUGUUGCUUUUAGGACUCCGCUGGCACCUUAUGAGAAAUCAAAGUCUUUGGGUUCCGGGGGGAGUAUGGUCGCAAGGCUGAAACUUAAAGGAAUUGACGGAAGGGCACCACCAGGAGUGGAACAUGCGGCUUAA